AUGUCACGAGAGCCUAUUUUACCUUUUACUAACUAUUACCAAGAAACCAAAAAAUUGGGAAGUGAUCGUAUAGUUUUACCAUCAAUCGCUGCUCUUGUUUCAAAUAUCGAUAGCAAUGUUACGAAAACCGAACCGUUGCAACAACACUAUCAGCAUCUUCGAACACCAGACCGGUACCAGUACCACCAUAAAUCGGCUGAAGCACCGAAGCUACCUGCCCCUUUGGCAUAUACACAUAAUCCUACAACAACGACGGUUUUAACUCCACAGCCUCAGUAUAUUGCUGUUUCUAGGCCACCACAGUUAUGUUCAUCAGCUGGCAUGCCAUAUACGUUUUCUAUGGUACAGACGCCCAUUGUCCAAGUUCAAGCUGCUAAUAAAUUCUACCCCCAAACAAUACCGGUGAUUACGCAAACUCCUCAGACACAGUGGAUCACUGCCAAUUUUUACUCUACUCAAAACCCGCCACCCCCAGGAACACUGGUAGGUCCAGCACCAAGAUUAUCUGCUUUGGAGCCGUUACCUAUAAACGUAGCACCACGUCGACCAUUCAUAGUAACUGUACCGUAUCAUCCACUCUGUUCUAACACACCUUCUUCCACAAGUUCACUGUCCUCUUCGUCUAUAAUGUCAUCUCCGACAUUGCCAACUAAUAACUAUGGUGUAGCCAAUUUCGAAGAAAACCCUAACAGUAUUGGGUGCAUGUACGGCGAUUCAUCUAAACUUGCAAAUAUCUACCGUGACCCAAAGAUAAAGAAUAAAAAACAAUGUGAUAUAUGUGGUAAAAUAUGUUCAAGACCAUCUACUUUAAAGACUCAUUACUUAAUUCAUAGUGGAGACACACCUUUCAAAUGUGCAUGGAAAGGUUGCACGAAAGCAUUUAAUGUUAAAAGUAACAUGCUUCGACAUUUUAAAUGUCACGAAAAAAAAGCAAGAUUAAGUGGAGGGGUUUCGAAGGUUAUUGAUAAGAAUAAACAUAAGCAGAGAGGGAAAAGACACGUUAAUAAAUAA